UUCCCAGGAUCAGUACAGUGGCCCACCAAUACUGGCCUCUAGCAAAACAAGGAGUUCAAAAAAGAAACCUCAGCAGGAAGCAAAGCUUUAUUAGAACAUGUGACCUCUCUGGGACGCCCACUGGGUGCCUGCCACCCACACUCGAGUGGUGGAGGCCAUGGCGGGGAGGGCAUAGAUCUCACAUGAACAGCUGUCCGAUGUGCUGAUGCUCUCUGACACCUUGGAGUGGUCAGGGAAGGCUACUCGGAGGAAGCAGCAUUCCCCCUCCUCACCCACCCCACCCCGCCUGCCAGCUGAGCAACACCAAGCCCAAGCCCCAGCAGUGCUCCCCUCCCCCGGCCGCUGUGGAUGAAGGGAGGGGGAAGCGGCAGAAGGGGAAGUUGGAGAAGUUCCUGUCCGGCUGGCUGCCAGUCUCCUCAAGUCUUCACAACAGCUCAACCCAUGGAGUCCGUGGAGACCCCCGUCAAGGAUGGUGUCCUCUACCAGCAGCAGGUCAAGUUUGGCAAGAAGUCGUGGCGGAAGGUGUGGGCCCUGCUGUACGCUGGAGGCCCGUCCGGCGUGGCCCGGCUGGAGAGCUGGGACAUGCGCGAUGGCGGCCCGGGACUAGCGAGCGACCGACCUGCGGGGCCCGGGCGGCGCGGGGAGCGCAGGGUCAUCCGCCUGGCUGACUGCGUGUCCGUGCUGCCCACGGACCACGAAAGCUGCCCCCGGGACACGGGUGCCUUCCUGCUCACCACCACGGAGCGAAGCCACCUGCUGGCCGCCCAGCACCGCCAGUCAUGGAUAGGGCCCAUCUGCCAGCUGGCCUUCCCUGGCACAGGGAAUUGUUCAUCCAAGCCUGCAGUAACUCAGUCUCCCCCAAAGGGCCUGGUCCCCAUGGAGGACAACUCCAUUUACUCUUCCUGGCAGGAAGCCGGCGAGUUUCCAGUGGUUGUGCAAAGGAACGAGGCUGCUCUCCGCUGCCAGCUGAAGGGGUCCUAUCUCCUGGUGCUGGGCCCUGAUGCCAUCCGGCUGAGAGACACAGCCCGCUCCCAGGACGUCUACACCUGGCCCUACCACUUCCUGCGGAAGUUUGGCUCUGACAAGGGCGUGUUCUCCUUCGAGGCUGGCCGGCGCUGUGACUCCGGUGAGGGCCUCUUUGCCUUCAGCAGCCCACGAGCUCCUGACCUGUGCGGGGCUGUGGCUGCUGCCAUCGCCCACCAGCGAGAGCGGCUGCAUGAGCCGCCCAGGCCCGCUCAGCCCUGCCUUCUAGCCCGGGCCAUCUCCCUGCCCUCCCUUGACCCCCCUGAAGAGCUUCAGGACGUACCACCAGGUAGGCCCCAGCGAUCCACCUCCAAGAAGGCUCAUGUGGCUGAACCUGGACCCCAGAGCUUGCCACUCCAGCUGGGCCCCGCCCUGGAAGAUCCAGCCUCCUGUCUCUAUGCCUCGGUGUGUAAGCCGAGCAGCAGGCCGCCAGCCUCAGCCGAGCACCUCUAUGAGAACCUGAGCGUGCCCGAAGCCAGCCCGGCACUGCCCACGGCGGCUCCCAAGCCUCCAGAAGGCUCUCCUGCUAGCCACAGUCCCUUGGCCAGCCCCAUCUACCAUAACAGUGAGGAUCUAAGCUGGCCCGGCCCGGCUCAGGACAGCAGCCUGGAGGCCCAGUAUCGGCGGCUUCUAGAACUGGAGCUGGACGAGGCAGGGCAGGGUGGCCGUUCUGGGGCUCAGGUGGGUUUCCGGGCCAAGCUGGUGACCCUGCUGAGCCGGGAGAAGAAGAAGGGCCCUGUCCCCUGUGAUCGGCCCUGAUAGCAAGGCCUGUCACGUGACAGACAACAGGGCCACUGAGGUGCUGUCCCCUGGGGGAAACAUCUCCCCAGCAGGCAGCCUGGGUGGGGGGGGACCCUUACGUGAAUACCCGGAUGUACAGUGUACAGAUUUGCUCAUAAUAAAGCCUUCCCAUUCCUUCCUGCA